GUGUCAUCCGAGUCUGGAGAGCGUCAGCGCCGCGGGUCAUGGUUACCAGCUAACAUAAACAUUAAAGACUUGUAAAAUAAUUUUAGCUCAAAACACACUUUCAGACUGCAAAAAUAUAUAAAUCGGACCUGUACAAAUGGAGAAGCAGGUUGUGGAUGGGUUGAGGGAAGUCUUCCAGUCAGGCAGAUCCAAACCCCUGCAGUACAGAAAACAGCAGCUCAGAGCCCUGCACCGCCUCAUAACUGAACGCCAAGCAGACAUCGAGCAAGCUCUAAAACAAGACCUCAAUAGGAAUACAUAUAACACUUCACUCUUUGAGCUGAUCAGCAUCGAGAAUGACAUCAAGUCGGCGGAAAGAGACAUGGCAGACUGGGCAGCUCCUCGGUCUGUGAAGAAGAAUCUCAACAGCGCACUGGAUGAUGUUUACAUAAAGCCUGAACCUUUGGGUGUUGUGCUGAUAAUUGGAACCUGGAACUACCCUUGGGCCAUGAUCCUGCAGCCCCUGGUUGGAGCUAUUGCAGCUGGCAAUGCAGCUGUGCUGAAACCGUCGGAGCUGAGUGAGCACUCUGCUAGACUUGUGAAAGAACUGCUUCCUCUAUAUCUGGAUAAGGAUAUGUAUCAAGUGGUGACAGGAGGGGUUCCAGAGACCCAGGAGCUGCUGAAGCAGCGUUUCGACCACAUCUUCUACACCGGGAGCAGCACGGUUGGGAAACUGGUGAUGGAAGCAGCAGCUCGUCAUCUCACACCAGUGACUUUAGAACUGGGUGGAAAAAGCCCCUGUUAUGUUGACAAGAACUGUGACAUUGCUGUGGCAUGCCGACGAAUAACCUGGGGGAAGUUUGCAAAUUGUGGCCAGACAUGCAUUGCCCCUGACUACAUUCUGUGUGAGCCAAGCAUCCAGGACAGGAUAGUCGAAGAGAUUCAAAAAACACUACUGGAGUUCUACCAGAAGGACCCUAAAAGCUCUCCAGAUUAUUGCCGAAUCAUCAAUACACGUCACUUCGACAGAGUAUUGGCUCUAAUGAAUGAAUGCACUAUAGCUCUUGGAGGAGAGAGUGAUUGCUCACAAUGUUACAUAGCUCCUACGGUUCUGAAGGAUGUUUUACCCCAUUUCAAAAUCAUGCAAGAAGAAAUCUUCGGACCACUGCUGCCCAUCGUCACUGUUAAUGGCUUGAGUGAGGCCAUAAAUUUUAUCAACGCAAGAGAAAAGCCAUUGGCGCUCUAUGUGUUUUCCUCUGAUAAAACGGUGAUUAAGCGAAUGUUAACUGAAACCAGCAGUGGAGGAGUGACUGUUAAUGAUGUCUUGAUGCAUUACACUAUCGAUACCUUACCUUUUGGAGGUGUAGGAAACAGUGGAAUGGGCAGAUAUCAUGGGAGACACACGUUUGACCAGCUGAGUCACCAUCGUGCCUGUCUCAUCAAGUCUUUUGCUAUGGAGAGUUUGAAUGAUGCCCGUUACCCUCCACUAACAGCAGCCCGACUGUCCAAGGCUAAGUUUUUCACGCAGCAUCGCUUGUGCAGCUGUAGUGGCAUAUGUGUGUGGGCUGUCAUCGCAACCCUAUUGGCAAUUGGUUUGCUUGUUGCCUUAAUAGUCGUGCUGAUAUAGGUAAAAAACAAAUGACAUCUUAUACCAUGGCAUUGUUAUUUACUUGAUUCGGGUGUGUUUAAACAAUUUUAAGUUGAUUUGUGUUUGCAUUACAUUAUAUUUGCAUUCCUAAGCAAGAUAUUUAAUCAGGGGAGGUUAUUACACCCAAGAGCAUUUUAGGAAAGAAAACCUUAAAAAUGUUUUUAGGAAAAACACGUUUAUAUGGAAACAGACCGUAUUACAUUAUGGAGAACUGAAUGGACAUCCAAGGUGGAAUUCAGUGCAUUACCAUUUUGGGUGUGUAUUCGAUUCUAAGUAAUGUUCUACUGACAUUUAUUCCAUAUUUAUGCAUUUUAGUCAUGGUUUUAUACAGUUUGUUCAGAAAUAGCAUGUGAUUGGACUUCCUGUCACGGUUUGUCUAUUUGGUUAAUGAGUAUUUCCCAGCAGACAGCCUUUUGGAUCAAGCUUUCCAUUCCUCUAACAAUGCAUGAUUGUUCAUAAUCAGCGUUCCUUCCCACUUGCACAGGAGACUCCAGUUUGAAGCAACAUUCUCCUCAGAAUAAUUUUAAUCUCAUAUAGAAUACUUGAAUCAUAUUUUUUACAAGUAUGAAAUCUUUUUUAGCAUUCUGGUAUAUAAAAUUUUUUAACAUGUACAUUUUCUUUUUUAAAUUUAGACACUUUUUUUUUUUUUUUUUUUCAGUUUACUAAAAAAUACUUUGAUCUUCCAAAUAAAAUUAAGACAUUUAUAUGAUUUUUUUCUACUCAUGCAGAGAAUUUGAGCUGCUGAAUUGGGCAAAAUCUGCACAUUUAGAUCUUCUAAACAAGUUAGCAUUAUUUCUGUGAUGCAGCAGUACAGUGCAAGCAUUGUUCUCCAUUGUUCCUGUUGUUAUCCAGCUUAUCUUCUUUAUGCGGUAGAAAGCUUUAGCCCAAGCUUUCAUGUACAUUUAUGUCAACAAAUGUUUACUAAUUACUAUUACUACUACUUGUUGUUGUUAUCUAACAUUUCAUAUAAUAUUAGUACUGUCUAGUCUAAAACAAUGAUCAUCAAAUCUGCUAUAAUAUUAGACAACAGAGAUCUCUGUAUAAUAUUGACUGUCCAAUAAUUUAAAAUAUAUUCUAUUAGAGAAUUUAAUUUUAUUAUAUCAUGUGGAUUUGUAAUUAUAUAUUUUUGUAUUUGAUGUUGAUUUAAUUUUAUAGGUAACGGUUUCAGUAUUAUUGUUGAGAUUACAAUAGUUUGACAAAUUUUGAUCCCGUUUUAAAUUCAUAUCUACAACUGCCCUCAAUAUCCAGCAGAUGGCGCUCACUUACAAUUUAACAUCUCAUAAAACCUGGACGUCAGAACCUUUAUCAGUAAGAUGUUGGCUUAAUUAUAUCAACAAAAUAAAACUGUGAUUAUUAUUAAUUAUUAGUCCUGCUGCUGCUCCACGCACUUUCUCCUUAAAUAUAAUCAUAGUGAACAAAGUGUCAAACGCUCAAACCAAUAAAGUGGAUUACACUUUUUAUGAAAUUAGUAUUUUUUCUUCUUUGAAUGAAUGAGCUAAAUCUAGUUUAAUUGCAUUAUUAUUUCAUUUAAACACAAUAUUGCAAGCUAAAGUCUGUAUUUCCUUCGGGUUUGGUGUGACGUUCCUCCUCAGGCGUCUGUCUGUCAAAAAACCAACACAUAUUCGUCCAUGUGUCAAUUUUUUUGCUUUCAGCUUUGCAUUGGCUGUUACACAAUCUAUCUGACUUAAAGCUAGUACAUAUUUUAUACACAGAGCUGAUGGCAGAUAUACACAUCUGCUGCAGUUUGUAAAGCUCGAUACGUUAGUCAGACAGGCUAAAUGCUGAUAAAUGAUGAAUAACUACUCAGAGAUCGCAGAAAUGACAAGUAUUUCUCAGUAUAUAAAACUGUUAUUGCUGUUUAGGAAUGUAAAGAUUAACAAAAUGCCACUGAAAUGAAAAUAGCGUGACAGGAUUUACAGUAUUUAGCAGGGUUCACCACGUUCCCUGAUAGAUUCCAUGCAUUACUGCCUAAAGGGGCGUUCACUCAGACAGCCAUUUAAUUGUUAGAGGUCAUCAACUUGCUGUACUGUUGCUAGUAUGCAUUCCUGCCUGACUGCUGUAUCCAGCAGCGAUGUGUGUGCAUUCCCAUUGGGAGUCACAGAAUCUCAUUACCACACAUUCACAUAAACUUCAACUUGAAUUAUGAAGGCCCUGUUUGUUGAACUUUAUAUUUAUCAAAUAAUCCUGGAAAAUAAUGUACUACUGUUUCCACUGUUUUCAACAUGAAUAAUGUUUCAGAUGUUUCAAAUCAGUAUAUUAGAAUGAUCACUGAAGGAUCAUGUGACACCGAAGACUGGAGUAAUGAUGCUGAAAAUUAAGCUUUGCAUCACAGGAAUAAAUUAUGUUUUAAAAUAUUUUCAAAUGGAAAACAGCUAUUUUAAUUUGAUCAGAUAAAUGCUGCCUUGAUGAGCAUAAGAGGCUAAUUAUGGCUAAUAAAAACAUUAAAAAUCUUACCAGUAGUGUGUCUACUUGAAUGGGGAAAGAUCCGCGAAUGAUACUGUAACUAGACCAGCAUGAAUACAUAUGU